CCGGCGCUAGGGCUAGCGGGAUGAAACCUGCCGUGGUGAGGAUCAUCCGUCUGGGUCGGGUGCCGUAUGCCGAGCUACUGGCACUGCAGGAGCGCUGGCUGCGGCUGCUGCAGGCAGAGCCGGCCAAGGAGGCCCUGUCGAGGACUGAGGCGGGCGCGCUCCUGCUCUGCGAGCCCGCGGGGCCCGUGUACACUGCCGGCCUCCGCGGCGGCCUGACACCGGAGGAGGUGACGCGGCUGCGGGCCUUGGGCGCCGAGGUGCACGCCACAGGCCGCGGCGGUCUGGCCACCUUCCACGGUCCUGGCCAGCUCCUUUGCCAUCCAGUACUCGACCUGCGGCGCCUAGGCCUGCGCCUGCGCACCCACGUGGCGGCGCUGGAGGCGUGCGCCGUGCGUCUGUGUGAGCUCCAGGGCUUGCAGGGCGCCCGCGCACGGCCACCGCCUUACACCGGCGUCUGGCUGGGCGAGCAAAAGAUCUGCGCUAUUGGAGUCCGCUGUGGAAGGCACAUCACGUCCCACGGCCAGGCUCUGAACUGUUGUACAGACCUCACAUGGUUUGAGCACAUUGUGCCCUGCGGGCUGGUGGGGACAGGCGUCACUUCCCUGAGUAAGGAGCUCCAGAGGCACGUCACAGUGGAUGAAACUAUACCACCUUUCCUUGAGGCUUUUAAGGAAACCUACAAGUGCACCUUGAUCUCAGAGGACAGUUCCAGCUGAAGGAUGUUCAUGUUAUCACAGCUGGAAGGUGCUGCCUUGGAAAACACCAAGCCUGACUUGGAGUCACUGAAACCCAGAUUCUAGAUUUGGCCCUAUCAUUCACUCACCAUGAGACUAUGAGCAAAUCAGGAGCUCUUAGCCAUUGGUUUCAUAUGUAACCUGUUUUUUUUAUGCUUUCCCCACCUACCUCGUAGAAGUGAUAACAUGAAAAGUAACACAUGCUAUUUAAAUAUAAUGUUUUAGCACUACUAUUGGUGUCAUUUUCUAAGCUUAGGGUGUCAUUUCUCGAUUAUUUAUUACUUCCUCAAUGCUGUAUUUAAUUGGGCAAUUCUGGGGUUCCAGUUCCUUUGAUUUUGUAGGACUCGUGUCUCUGGAUGGCCCAGGUAAAGGUGAUGUGAUUGCAUUCUGCAAUAAAGGGAAAAUUUCUUUAAA